CUGAACCUUCAAACCCACGGGGAAGCAACUCGGCAACGGACCAAGAUGGCGGCGCCCAGUGAGGAGCCUGCGUUUGCCGCGGGAGUUGAAAAGAAUUGGGGUGCAGUUGUUCGUUCCCCAGAAGGGACUCCCCAAAAAAUUCGGCAGCUGAUAGAUGAGGGAAUUGCUCUGGAAGAGGGAGGCGCGGAAGCGAAGGACACCUCUGCCACAUUCCAGUCAGUUAAUGGGUCACCCCAAGCAGAGCAACCUCCAUUGGAAUCUACAAGUAAAGAAGCCUUCUUUAGCAGAGUGGAAACAUUUUCUUCUUUGAAAUGGGCAGGUAAGCCCCCCGAGCUGUCUCCACUUGUCUGUGCAAAAUAUGGCUGGGUGACAGUUGAAUGUGAUAUGCUCAAGUGCUCCAGCUGCCAAGCUUUUCUCUGUGCCAGUUUACAACCAGCUUUUGAUUUUGACAGAUAUAAGGAACGGUGUGCUGAGCUGAAGAAAGCCUUGUGUACUGCCCACGAGAAGUUCUGUUUCUGGCCAGACAGUCCCUCUCCAGAUCGAUUUGGGAUGUUACCAUUGGAUGAGCCUGCUGUUCUUGUUAGUGAAUUCCUAGACCGUUUUCAAAGCCUUUGUCACUUGGACCUGCAGCUUCCUUCCCUGAGGCCAGAUGACUUGAAAACUAUGUGCUUGACGGAAGACAAGAUCAGUCUUCUCCUGCAUCUGCUUGAAGAUGAACUUGAUCACCGAACCAACGAGAGAAAAACUGCUACCAAAUUAGGCUCAGACAUCCAAGUUCACGUCACGGCCUGUAUUCUCUCUGUGUGUGGCUGGGCGUGUAGUUCUGCCUUGGAACCCAUGCAGCUCUCCCUGAUAACAUGUUCACAGUGUAUGAGGAAGGUGGGGCUCUGGGGCUUCCAGCAAAUUGAGUCGUCCAUCACCGACCUGGAUGCGUCCUUUGGCCUGAGCAGCUCCCCCACCCCAGGCCCUGAGGGGCGGCCAGAGCGCUUCCUUUUGGUGCCUGAGUCUCCUCGGAGGAUGAUGACUCGGAGCCAGGAUGCUACGUUUUCCCCAGGCUCGGAGCAGGCUGAAAAGAGCCCAGGUCCCAUCUUCUCCCGGACUCGGAGCUGGGACUCUUCCAGUCCCGUUGACCGCCCUGAGCCAGAGGCUGCUAGCCCCACCACCAGAACCCGCCCGGUGACCCGAAGCAUGGGAACAGGCGACACCUCCAGCCUGGAAGUGCCAUCUAGUCCUGUCCGGAGAGCCAAACGAGCUCGCCUCUGCUCCUCCAGCAGCUCAGACACAUCUUCCCGAAGCUUCUUCGAUCCCACAUCUCAGCACAGAGACUGGUGCCCCUGGGUGAACAUCACAGUUGGCAAGGAAACCAGGGAGAAUGGUGGCACCGAGGUAGACGCCGGCACCCCGGCAGACCCGGGCUGGAAGGUGCUGCUGAACGUCCUCUUGGCCCACAAGCAGUCCAACCAGCCGGCCGCAACUGACUCCACGAGUCUGUCUGAGAAAUCAAGGAAGGUAUUCCGAAUAUUCCGGCAGUGGGAAUCUUUAUGUUCAUCCUGAAGAGAUUCCAGCCCUUCCUGCAGCGAAGGAGAAUGAGCGACUUUGGAAAAAAAUGUCUGAAUUCCCUUUUGAUCAGCUGAUGCUAAGUUUAUCUCCAUUCAGGUUUAAUCAUAAGCAGUCCCUGCCCUUUCAAAGGCAAUGAGUGUCACCAUGUGCUGCUGAGAGGAAACCCGUUUCCGCAGGGCUGCGGACAGCAUGAGGCACAGCAAGCCUGGUUCUGUUAAAGGGGUGUGAGGUUACGAGGAUGAAACUAGCCGGGGGACAGAGGACAUGAGCACUUGCAGUGUCUUUAGUGUGGAGCAGUGUUCUAAGGACUCAUAUCCCAGGAAGAUGACAGCAUGUAUUAAUAAAAUGUUUGUUAAAAUUC